AUGCUGGCCAGGAUAAGAGAGAAAGCUGGAAAGAGGGAGCAGCAUUGCAAGAGCACAGCACUCUCAGAUGUCACCACUCAGCCAGAUGUUAAAAUCAUGAUCAGUCAACUCUCAUUGGCUAUUUGCUAUAUCUUUGAUUCAGAAGAUGUACAAUCCUCGAGAUACCCCAAUGAAGUAAACAGUUACAAACCAGACAAGCAAGACAGCAAUAAAUUCAAAGGCGAUCAGAACAGUGAAACUCCGGUGCAUAAAAAUGAACUGCAAAAUGAUGAAUUAAAGAGAACAGAAAAUAAAAACAAGUUCAAUAGCACAAAAGAGGCCUUCCAGAACCACAGAGGAACUGCUCUUGACGAGGAAGGGCUAGGAAACUGUGUUGGAAAGUUUGACCAUGCUCACAGUGGUGUCAAUUCCUGUAGUGGUACACAUCCCCUUCCUAAUCACAACACAAACCGAACCAAAGAAACCAUCACACAUGGAAAUUCCAGCCAGUCAGUAAGUUCUUCUUUAGCCAACAGGACAAGAGACCUCUGCACCAAUGGACUCUCUUUACCAAAUGAAUCUGGCAAAGAAUGUGACCCAGAAACAGGCGAUCACAAGAAGCCGGAGUCAGAAGAGCCAGAAUGUUCUCUAGAUGAGAACUCACAGUCUGCAGGAGAAAACAGCUCUCUCACAGAAAGUGCAAUACUGGAGACACAAAACGAUGUCAUCCAAUUACCAGACCUGGAUUACCUCCCACAUGGUAGCCAAACCAGAAACUAUCAUGCUCCUGAAAAGGAUAGUUUUUCAGACAAUUACACACAUUCAGACCAAAAUGCAGAGUCUAUAGUGAUAAAUAAGGGUGAGGACCCUGGCCUAAGCCUGCCUUUGCACAUGAAGGAAAAUUAUGAUUCAGUGGAGGAAGCUCUUAAAACUGAGUCUGUAAAUGUGUGUGUCAAAGAGGACAUGCCUGAUGGUAUUGCAUCUGAGGGCCUCAUAACAGAAGCACAAGAGGAAGAGCACAUUAACCAUAAAGAAAUUAAUGGAAAAAUUGAGGAGGAGGAGGUGGAGGACGCAGAGGUGGCAGAAGCUCUUGCAGCGCUGGAAGCUGCAACUGCAGGGGAAGAUUAUGAAGAGGAUGAGGAGUAUUAG